UUGUUAAGCGGUUGGAAACUAGUUGUACUGGGAUAAUUGUUGUUUACAAAUCAUUUUAUGUGGAAGGCAAAUUGUUUUGUUUAAGUGACUGUACAAUUUUAUUACUCCUUGUUUUAUCUAUUUACUUUUGACCCAAAUGGCUAAGCAACAGUUACUGUGAGACAGAGAACAGUUUCUGCUAACAGCAGUAUCUUUUGCCUACAGUUCAAAUGCUAAAGGGUGAAGUGUUUCCAUUACGUGGCUUUUAAUGACAUUUUUUUUUUUUUUUUUGCAGGUAAAGAUGUCAAAGCCUUUAGAUGCAGUGAAGAAUGUCGGUAAAUUUUUUGGUAUAACUAGAUCCGAGUCUGAGGAAUGGAGAAACAGAACAGAGAGGCAGAUAAAGGAGGGUGAGUUUGGAAUAACGUUGAAAACAGCCACAUCCCUGUCAAAACAUGACGGUGAACAGGAUAAAUUUGUACGUGGUGCUCAGAAGGUGUUAUCUCGCAUUGGUGCCUUUCAGGCGUUUGAAGAGUCACAAGAACACCUUGAUGAAACAGAUGAGACGAGCACAGAUACGCAUAAAUCUGCACAGGUUGGUAAAUCGGAAGAACCCAUGCCUGGAACCAGCAAGAGUCCAGAGGACACAGAGAGUCAACCAUUAAGCUUGACCACUCCCAAGAAAACACGGUCUCUGGGCAAACAGCAAGUGUACAAUAAGGCGUAUACAGAAAAUGAUGAUGAAGAAACAGAUAUUGAUACUGGACUUGCAGCAAGUAAGAAGAGAAAAUCUAAAGUCACAUUUGAUGUACAGGUUGCAGUCAAUUUUGAAAGAUCUGCAAAAAGUGUAGAUCACAUUCCACAAGAAAAAGUUGAAGAAACUGAAAAACAAAAAGGUACAAAGGUUUACUCAGAUCCGUACAUUGCUUAUAAAUCAUUGGUUGAUGACAAGCCUAGUGUGGAAAAAGAAACUGAACAAGACGGUAAAAAGGCGAAACUUAUUUUCUUCGAUGAACUUGUUUGGAAACCACAAAUGAAUGAUUUGGAAAUGCCCAAGCAUAGUUUUGAUAGCCUAACUAAGACAAAAGCAAUGAAAGGAAAAGAAAAGAAUGAAGAAUACACAAAAAUGAAAGAGAAACAAGAAAACAGUAGAUCAUCUCCUGAAAUAAGUUUAGAUAAGGUGAAAGUAAAUGAGUUGCAACCAAAUGUAGAGGCUGCUGAAUUGAAAGCUGUAAAGUCUGAAAAAGAUACUGACACAGAGGGAAGCAAGACCCAACAGUCAGUGAAAAAAGAAGAUGAGGACAGUGUUGAAGCAGUUGGUACAGCUGAAUCAGACAACAAAGGAGACAAAGAGACUGCAGUGAAAUUGAGACCAGAAGAUGUGGUAUAUGGUAAAGAGGCCUUGAAACAAUACAAGUUCUAUUUACAGAUAGAAAAGAAAGUGGAAAAACAAAAGCUUCAAGCAGAACUAGAAAAUAAAUUAAACGAGUAUGACUGGAAACUAGCAGCUAUUGAUGAAAUGAUUCUACUGGCUAAAGAUUACUACAUUAACCCAAAGUCUAAGAAGGCAGCAAGAUGGAAAGACUUAAAGAGGAAGGUGAAGAGGAGCAGCAGUCACCAGAUAGGUCAUACAGAAUACCGCAGGAAACUGGGAACACUUCCCGACUAUAAACCUUUCUUCACAUACUUUAUAAUAUUUGCUCAGCUUGUCUCAUUCAUUGUUAUUUGUGGUCUGUAUGGUUUUACCUUUAUUGGCGUGGAACCCAAACUGACAUUGGAGUCGGACAUCCAGACUUUUAUGGGCAUGGAGACUGUGCACAAAUGGACAGCACCUAAUGUGUGGAUAGGGCCAAGUGAGAGGAACUUGAUAGGGUUGGGUGCAGUAUUUGCACCUUGCAUGAGAACAGAUAUUCAGCUACAGCUCGAACAGUCUCAGCAGAACUACAGUACAGACGCACCACUAGGAUGCUGUGAAGUUGCUACCAGAAAUGUUGCUGGAACAACUACAGAGUCUGAAUGUGAACUACUUACUGAAGGUGUAGGCAAAUGGAAAGGUGACGUGACAUGUGAAAACAGACCUGCCAAUAUGGCCGGAACUCGUCACAAUAUGAAACCGUGCUGUCUCGGUGUGAAAGGGCAAUGUCAACUUCUAUCUCAUAAACACUGUGUCUUCCUUGGUGGAAUAUUUUACCAGUUUGGACCAGAGCACUGUAGUCAGGUGAUGUGUCUUAAAAAUAUAUGUCAUCCUGGAAGCCUUACAGCUUCAGUCAUAUCACCAUGGCAACCAGAAUCUCCGGGUCAGUGGUGGCGUGUACCACUUUCCCUACUGUAUCAUCACGGAAUCAUACAGUUUGUCACCGUCACUGCUGCACAGUGGAUUCUUCUCAGGCAGAUUGAGUGUACAGCAGGCUGGUUUAGAAUGCUUGUUAUCUAUAUUGUAUCGGGCACAAUGUCUUUGUUGACUUCAGCAAUAUUUUUGCCGUACCAGAGUCACUGUGGUGGUAUGGGAGCUGUGUGCGGAAUGGUUGGAGUGGUGCUUGUAGAACUGUUUCACUUCUGGAAACUCGUACACCGACCUCUCAUAGAGCUUGCUAAACUAUCAGUUGUGAUUGUUCUGUUGUUAUUCUGUGGAACGUUACCAUAUUUAGACAUAUUUGGAAUGAUGACUGGUUUAAUAACAGGCGCAUUAUGUGGGCUGAUACUUCUACCGUAUAUUACAUUCGGUAAGAGGCAUCUCCGCAUGAGGGUUAUACUGAUUGUGGGGGCAUCUACAUUGCUGUUUAUGAUUUGUUUCUUCCUGUUGCAAGUGUUUGCUUACGUUCAAAGUGUGGAGAGUUGCGAGGGAUGUAAAACAUUGAACUGUGUGCCAUAUACUGACAAAAUGUGUGACACAUCGCUCUGGCAGCAGUUCUGAUACCGCAUGCUUAACAUACACAGAGACAAGAAGUGACACAUUGUUACGGCUGCAAAACUGAUAUAACAUGUACUGUGUUGAACUAUGUGACAUUUACUGAUAAAAUAUAUGACAAAUCGUGGUAGCAUAUUCUAAAGCAAUAUGUAAGGUGGUGAACUGUGCAAACAAAACACGGCAUAUUGAUGUGGUACCAGUUCUAAGAAAUGUGUUCUGAACAGUUCUAAGGAAUAUAAAACUCUGCAUUUUGUGUACCAGUAUAAUCUGAAAAUAUGUGACACAUCAUCCUUACAUUGAUAUAGCAGCAGUUCUAAUACAAUUUAUGAAGUACUGAGAUAUGUGACAUAUACAGACCAGAUAUAUGCGAGAUUUAUGACAACAGUUUUAAUACUAAUGCAUUAAGUGGUAUUCUUCAAAAUGUUGAAAGCUGCAUGGAAAGUGCUUAUCUGUACCUAAUAACAAUAAAUUUGUGACACAUGUU